UGGUGACACUAGAAAACGAGCAUUACCUAAGGACCAUUCUGCUUUUAUGUGAAGGUGGUGCAUAUAUUGCCAAACAGAUUAUAGGUCGAGAGCUACCAAACUAUGGAGGUGACUUAGACGCAUUGUUAAAACAAUCUAAGAAUAAACUCAAACAUGAGUUCCAUAAUAAACAAAUGGAAAAGUUGUUUCCAAACAACGGUUAUGACAAAACUGAAAUCAAUAAAUGGGAUAUCCAAAUGCUUCUUGGCGUGAUGCUUCUCCUUUUCCGUAAAUCACUGAGUGACGAAGAAAAACAAAAGUUGAAAGAAAUCAAGUUCAUUAGGCACGAAGUUUUAGCACAUAGUCCAUCUGCCUCAUUAUGCUUAGAGAAAUAUGAGGACGUGCAGACAGACCUACGAGAUGCGGUUAACACAUUAGCUAACGGUUUUGACCAGACUACCAAAGACAAAUGUAAAGAAUACAUUAAGACUUACGCAUCUGAGCCUUUGGAGGUAAAGGCUGCAAUUAAGAGAUUACAGGAAGCGAAGGACACUGACGACCUAUUUCAAGAAGUCAUCAAUGUGAUCCGAAAAACACAGGAGACAUUGUCCAAAGAAAUACAUACAGCAGGAAGGAAUAUUACACAAGUCUUUAAAAGUACAGAACAAAACAUAUCGAAAGGAGUAAAGUCGGUGGAACUCAAUAUAAGUCAAGAAGUAAAAGAUUCCACAAAAGCAAUAUCAAAGGGGUUAAGUGAUAUCGAAAGCAAUGUCAAAGACUCAGAACAAAAUAUAUCAAAAGAGAUAUCAGUUGUUGAAGGUUCUGUCAGGUUUACCAAAGAAGCAUUAACAAAAGAGAUAGAUGAAAUAAAAAGCAGCGAAUGCAACACAUUUAAGGCUCUUAUGGGUGUGAGCGAUCAAAUAAAAAAAUCACAAAUCACAUGAAAAAAAGAGGAUGGUAGCGGCGAUUGACUUUGGAACAACUUACAGUGGGUACGCAUUUUCCUUCAGAAAUGAUUAUGAAAGAAACCCAUUAAAGAUUAAUAUGAAUUUCCAUUUAGGGUCCAGAACUAGCAUAAUGUCAGUCAAGGCCCCAACUGCAGUUUUAUUUGAUGAUAGGAAACAGUUACACAGUUUCGGCUAUGAAGCAGAGGACACAUAUUACGAGCUAGUUGCAGAAAACGAACAUCGUGAUUGGUGCUUCUUCAGAAAGUUCAAAAUGAAACUCUACACUGAAAAGGUUUGUAUAACGUUUGUUCUGCAACAUGUGAAAGUUAUUUUCAUGAAGUUAGCUCGAUAUUACGGCGACACUUAUCAGAUUUUGACAGUACCGGCUAUUUGGACAGAUCAGGCAAAACAGUUUAUGCGAGAGGCCGCAAACAAGGCAGGUAUAGAAAAUGGGAAUUUGUCAAUAGCUCUUGAGCCAGAAGCUGCGUCAAUAUAUUGUCAAGCAAUAGAUGUGGAUAGGGAUCACAGAUUUGCAACGAUUCAUGCUGGAACAAAGUAUAUGGUAAUUGAUUUAGGAGGAGGCACAGUAGAUAUAACAGUGCAUGAAAAACAGAGUGAUGGUGGACUGAAGGAAUUAUUCAAGGCUUCUGGUGGAGCAUGGGGAGGGACAAGAGUUGACGAGGAAUUUAAUAAAUUAAUCAUAUCGAUCUUCGGCGAAGAAGUAUUUAGGAAGUUUUGCAAUGAAUCCAAAGAAGAUUAUCUAGAUUUACAAAGAGAAUUCGAAACUAAGAAAAAACAAACAGAAAAAUCUGACAGGAAAUUGACGGUCAGAAUUUCGUUUAAGCUUCUCGAAAUAUACAGACAGGAAACAAGAAUAACAAUUGAAACUUCAAUUAGAGAAUCUAAAUAUUAUGGAAAAAUAACUUGGUUUGGUGAUAAGUUGAGAAUAGAACAUGAUGUUUUGAAUGGCUUGUUCAAACCUUGUUGUGAUAAUAUCGUUAGACAUAUAUCUCAUCUGCUUGAAAACGCGGCUGUGAAAGGAACGAGUGUAUUUAUGAUGGUUGGCGGAUUUUCAAAUUGUCAGAUAGUACAAAAUGCUAUCAAGAGAGCUUUUCCUUCUGUGAAAGUCAUUAUUCCAGAGUUAGCUCAGUUAGCUGUUUUAAAAGGAGCUGUGAUCUUCGGACACCGACCAUUGGCUAUAUCCUCGCGUAUAUCCAAGUAUACAUACGGCGUAAGCAUAUCGCCUUUAUUUGAUAGUUCCAUCCACCCAGAAUUUCGUCGCGUGGUCAUCAAUGGAAAUGAUCGCUGCAGAGAUGUCUUUAAGAAGUACAUAUAUGCGGGAAAAAAUGUUAGAGAAGGCGAUGCAAGAUCUUGGAAACUCACAACUCUAUGGCCGCGUCAGAAAAAAAUUAAAUUGAAGAUAUAUGAGUCCACACGUCCGAAUACAAUGUACGUGGACGAAGAAGGCACGAAAUAUAUUGGUGCUGUUGACAUCCGCCUUCCAGAAAUCGAUGAACUAAGUGUUGUUAACGUCAAAAUGAUGUUUGGGGAGACUGAGCUCAUGGUAGAAGUUACUGAAUUAUCAAGAAACCAAAUCUUUUCAGCCCAUUUCGAUUUCCCCAGAACCUAGGCCUACUGUGCGAUGUAUAUAACGGAUAUGUAUGCUUAUAAACCGAAGUUUGUAUUAGAGACACUGUGCGAAAGAAACAAUGUUAGAGCUUUGCAACCAGCAAGGAUACAGAUCACUUCGAUUUCAUUGUUGAAGCGACUGGUAAUUUCUAAGGAAUGCACAAUGAUAUAUUCGGAUAUUUUAAAAAUAUGUAGACCUAUGUAUAUAAUUGUGUUUUACAAUAUGUCCCACUUAAUCAGAAGAUUAUAAAUUGGGUUCAAGAAAAAUCUUUGGCCAAAUAAUUCAAGAUUAAUGUUAAUAUUUGGGGUAGUCCACUUGCAGACUAUAGAUACGAAUGUGUUGUAUACAUGUAUAGUAAUUAUUUGUUCGUUUUACAGUUUGAUAGCUGGGUUUUGUUGUUAAUAAUGCUUAUUAGUCUCCUACUGGCUAAAAAUCAGUCUCAGGGACUAGGAUUGCGAUUUUCCGUCUGUCCGGCAUCCUGUCAUUCCGUCCGUCCGCAGUUUCGUAUCCGCGCAAUAAUCAUUUUUUUAAUUUUGCACAUAAUCAGACAACGUGUCAUGUGCACAACCUUGAUCCCUCGCUCAAUGCGAGGUCAAAGGUAAACUCAAAAGUCCAGCAAGGGAUUUUGAUAUUACUUGGCACAAAAAUCACAUCAGAAGACGAUGUGUCAUGCACAACUUAAAAAGUCAAGGUCACACUUGAAGGUCAAACAUCAAAAAGAAUUCACCAUCAUUUGAUCAUUUGACAUGAAUUUAUCUUAAAGGUCAAGGUCAUACUUGGAGGUCAAAAGCACAUGGAUCUUUUUCUGUCAGGUCUGUUCAGUACUUUAAGUUUUUUGUCAUGUCUGCAGCUUUUUCAUUCAUACAGGGAUUUUUAAAUUACUUUUUACAAAUAUUAAACAUAACAGGCUCAUUUGUCAUAUGGACCCAAUUAAAAACAGUUGUGGAUGUAUAUUCUUAAUAGGGAUGGGAACGAUUACCGAUUUUACUAUUCGAUUAAUCGUUAAUUUUUUCGAACGAUUAAUCGAUUAAUCGUAUCAAGAACGGGCACUUGUUCCGUAUCACGCACUAAACGUUACGGAAAUAAAGGGAGGUAAUUCAGUCAUCAAAAGUUUACGAUUCCGGGCGGCAUAACGUGCAUUGUAUUAUUGUAUAUAUUUAUUUUUCGUGCUUGUACAAUAUUCUUUCAAACUUUGGUUUUAGAAAGAGAAAUUUUAAGAAAUAAAAACAAGUCCGUUAUGAAAUUUUAUUUAUAUGUAUCAUAUAUAGAACUCAGACUGUAAUGCAUAACAAUGAACAAAUACGCGACCGUAACUAUGCAAGUUACUCUAGUACUUUUGUGUGUGCGUGGAAACAAUUUAAAUAAAUAUUAAAUAUUAAUCUUAACUACUGUAAAUUUAUUAACUGUUCAUAAAUGACUGACAAAUAUCAAACAGACAGAAGCACAUAAUCCUGUUUUCAAACAUUUGCGAGUAUAUAAAUUUUAAACUGUUCUGAGUUUUGGUGGGGAUAUUUAAUGGAUGAUUGCAAACCGCUAAUUCGUCAAAAAGAGAUUCUCAUUUGAGGUGCCGAUCUGCAGGUGUGGGAAACAUUUAAAAUUUAAUAUGAUAUGAUUCUCUGGGAUGUAAGUAGCAUAAUUACAAUCUGGAACAAUGCGAAUUUGCAAACUCGUGUCAUCAGUCAGGGACACUUCAUUGUACAAAUUAGCGGGAAACAAAACAAGUUUUCGCACCUCCGUGUCGAUGUUUUGAUAAUCCUCUCCGUAUUGAAUGCAGCAACGUCUGGGUUAAUUUUAACCAAGAUUGUUUUGGAGAUGAAAUUAGGGAAAAUUGAUUUAAAGUCGAUAAUAAAUAUUUUAUGUCACAUCCUAGCUUAGAUUAUUUUAUAUUUCAAAUAAAGAUAUUUUACUGUUCAAUCAUCAUUGUUUACAUCGUUUUCUUUUAAGAUUUUUGUUGUUUUUUAUACCUCUACAAAACGAAGUUGGAGGGGUAUAUAGGAGUGAGCUUGCUUGUCGGUCGGUCGGUCCGUCCGUUGGUUUUCAAAGUUUCCAGACAAUAACUCAUUAAAGGCUUGACAGAUGUGAAUAAUUUUUGGUACACAGACGUAACAUCAGACAAUACAGGUCAAGUUUGACUUUGAGGUCCGUAGGUCAAAGGUCAAGGUCACAAUGACACUGAACAGUUAAACGGUUUCCGGAUGAUAACUUGAGAAUGCUUGGGCUUAGGAUCAUAAAUGUUGGUACACAGGUGUAACAUCACAAAAUAAAGGUCAAGUUUGACUUUGAGGUCAGUAGGUAAAAUAUCAAGGUCACAGUAACCCAGAACAUUUGAACGGUUUCCGGAUGAUAACUUGAGAACGUUUGGGUCUAAGAUCAUAUAUUUUGGUACACAGGUGUAACAUGAUAAAAUACAAGUCAAAUUCAACUUUAAGGUGAGUAGGUCAAAGGUCAAGCUCGCAAUAACACAAAACAUUUAAAAUGGUUUCCGGACGAUAACUUGAGAACGCUUA